AUGCAGGAAACUCAAUCCGAAAAAUUUCCGAAAGUGUUCAUAUUCCGAAGAGUACAGUAUGGAACAUUAUCAAUAAAUCGAAAUUAUUUAAAACUACCAAAAAUAAGCCAAGAUCAGGACAACCAAAAAAAAUCAUCUCGAUCAAUUUCCAUAAUUAGACGAAAAGUGCUUGAUAAUCCGAGAUUAUCUCGUAAACAACUCUCUACUUACUUGGGUGAGAUAGGAACACCAGUAUGUUCACAGACUGUUACAAAUGCCCUAAGAAAAGAAGGGUUCCAUAAAUGUCGUCUACGUAAAGUUCCGCUGCUUACUAAGAAACACGUCCAUGCACGGCUAAAAUAUGCCAAAAAAAUUUUACUUAAAGACGACGACUUUCUAAAUAAUAUUAUUUGGUCGGAUGAAACAAAGAUAGAAAUUUUUGGACACAAUUAUACAAGCUACGUGUGGCGUAAAUCGGAGGAUGAAUAUCGUCCAAAAAUACCAUACCAACAGUUAAACAUGGAGGUGGCAGUUUAUGCUAUGGGGGUGUUUUUCUUCUUGGGCGUUGGAGAACUUCAUGUGAUUGACGGAAUAUUGAAUGCUUCUAAAUACUGUGAUAUUUUGGAAAAAAAUCUAUUUUCGUCAAUUGAGAAAUGUGGUAUUGCAGGAAAUUGGACAUUUCAAAAGACAAUGAUCCAAAGCACACCGCAAAAAAAACUCAAAAAUGGCUAG